AUGGCAAACGAAGAACAGAGAAGGGCCUUCGAGUCGUACAUGGGCCGCACUGGCGGAAGUGGCAGUAAUGGGCAAGGCCAGGAUCAAGGCCAGCCAAUUCCUCAGUACCCAGGCUCUUUCGCCCGGCCAGGCAACUCGUAUCUUUACAAUCAAUUCCAAGGGCUCGGAGUCCCUCCCGCUGCACCAACGCCUCCGCCGGCUGCCUCAUCCGUCGCUUCUUUUCCCGGAUACCAGGGAGCAUAUCCUCAACAGGCUGGAUACCCACAGCAGAGUAGAUACGGCCAGGGCGUGUACAAUCAUCUUGGGAUCCCACAGCGCCCACCACCGCUCCUAAGCCCUCAGUCACAACAACAGGGUCAACAGCAGAUACCGCCAGUAGCCGGACCACAAGGACACGUUCAUAUGCCACAGGGCUACAACGCACAACCACCACCGCCGCCAGGGUACAACGCCAACUGGCAGUAUAGCAAUCCAGAUUCUGGGAUAGAACGUCGACGAGCCGCUCCUCUUACGAGCGCGAUGGUACCAUCGUCACGCAACACGCAGCAGGAGAUCAUGGAAUCAAGAUCGAGGCAGACAAGCGAGCAAUUCUACUACGAACAAUAUGGACAAUCACACGCCGCGCAAGCACCACCCCCGCAGGUGGAAGAAGUGGCUGUGCCAGUUAUGCUCUGUCACACCUGCAGUUACUGCGGACAGAUGCGCUCCGCAAGAUUUCAUCGCAACAACCCCGUCCUUCCCGGCAAGCCUAUGAUUCCUACACCCUGUCGAAGGUGCAAAAAGAAGCUUGCGAACUCACAGCGUUCAAGCAGCAGAUACAGAUACAUCAGAAGAUGUACGGCCGAGGAACCCUGCGACUGGCCUAGAGAGUGUGUCCACAUUGACAUCGACCAUGACGAGCGUAGGGGUCGGAGACAAAACAGAGAAGAUAUAUAUGUUACUCGAUAUUCUCCCAGCCGUCCUCGUGUUAUUAGACGAGAUUCUAGUCAGGCACGCCUGGGCUUGCGGGUACUUCAACAACCAACACAAGAGUUUAGGACUAAACGAAAGCUCAAAACCUCUUCAUUGAGUCCUCGCCGCUCUUUCAGGUAUGCCGGUGGAGUUUGGCCUCCGCCUGACAUCGUCCGCACAAGGGAAACACGGUCGGAUGAAGUUCACGCUGCGCCCCCUCCGCCGCUGCCCAGUCGUAUCUCAAGAUCUGACGAGGUGUGGCCUCCUCCAGACGUUGUCCGUACUCACUCCUACAGGAAGGUCGAGAGAAGUCCAUCGCACCAGGCAAGUUCAAGGAUCAUCGAACUCAGUCCGUCGCCCCCUCCGCAAACGAGACAUUCGAGAGUUGUCUAUCGGAGUGAGUCUCAAGAUUGUCGGCCUAGGAGCUCAAGUAGAUCUCCAGUUCGUGUCAGCUUCCGCGCAGAGAGACAAAAUGAGGAAGCGGAAGCUCGUCUCAUGUCGCAUCCGAGGCCGUACCGUCCGGUUGUACCAGAGCAACGUAGCUUUCUCAAGGCGUCGGAUGAAACUUCGAGCAAUGCUGAUUCUGUGCCACGUCGCCGUGUAGAGUCACCUAGUCGGAGCAUCCUAAAGCCUCUAGGCACCGAACGCGAAACUUCCCACCGACGAAGAAAUACCAUGCGCGAAAGUCAACAGAGCAUGCACGUCGAAGUCGGAGGACCUCGUGUUCACUUUGGUGGUGGGAGAAGGCAAGAAGAGCCAGUACUGGAGCCAAGAGGAAGGUCAAGGUAUGCUGAUGAACGACUAGCGAGUGGCGACAAGUACGAGCAUUACCGGGAGUAUUCCCGCCAUCGUGUUGUAGACGAUCUUCCACCGGAGCCACUAGCCCAGGACUUCGAGAGGAUCCGCAUACGGCACUCAUCGCCAUCUCCACGAAGAGAGUACGAAGAAGAAAUCCGCAUUGACCGACAGCGCCGCAUUUCGCCCUCUCCUCUUCCGCCUUCGAGACGAUUCGAAGAGGUACGCGUGCGGAACGUAUCUCCUCUUCCCGCGCGUCGCCCACCCCGGCCUCCACCCUCUCCUACUUCGCCUGAACGACCACCGCAGCCACUGUUUCGCCAUAUCUCCCGCACACGAGCUCUUGAACGUACUCGUUCUGUGACCCCGCCGCCUAGUCGCCGAAGACAAGAAGAAGAUCACACCGACUCGGAGAGCGCACAUUCAGCUGAGAUCACUGAAGUUAGAAGCUGGAGGGGUAUCGAUGAAAACGGGCAGCCUGCUACAUUUGUGGAAGAUAGAAGGACGGUGAGGAUGAUUGAUCAGUGUAGUGAUGGAGGCGGACUUGCCAGAGACUAUCGCGAGAUGGGCAGAGGCGCGAGGUUGGAUACAAGAGAGCGAGUCACUAGUCGAAACUGGAGGGACGUAUAGGCUGUUGAUGGUGAUGGAAGAGUGAUGAUGAGUGUGUACAAAUCUGGUACUCAGGGGUUUGUGGUUGCUGUGCGAUGAAGCAGGGCAUACUUGGGAUGGUUUUGAACGAAUACUGAUGGAUAGACACCUACGAUACCUCUUCAGAUUUCCUUCAAUGUAUUUCUUCCAGCGAAGG